AGCUAGUAGGCGAACAUGUAGCAAACAGAAAUAACGACAAGGGGUGCAAGCUGAGGCCUACAACUACAACUGCGCCGGAGGAAAAUAUUGUCUUUGCAUUGGCCCAGUUUUAUUAAGAAGUAAGCGCAGAGAUAGUCAUCUCACCUCUUGGUGAAUUCUGUGUUGGGGGUGAAGCUUGCACACAGGAGGAGGAAAAUGCAGUGCACCCCUGAAUCAAAUGUCUACCUAGAGAGCUGUAAAAGCCAGCACUGUUAUGAUGACUGCUGUGACAGUGGGUACUCCGGUUUAUUCCACAGUCCACGCAGCAUCAGUGGAGUGGACUCCUGCAGGUCUUUGUCUCCUGUAGAAUUCAAUGAAACACCCAAAGAGAACCUCAGGCUUUCUGUCACACCUAAAGUGAAGACCAGGGAAUCAAUUGGGCUUUUGGACAAAGACUCCAGCAGGGUGCAGUGGCCCUCAGCAGUUAACUGGUGUGAAACUCCUAAAAUACAUAAAAGACAUUCAUUGAGACACAGACUUCUAAUGUGCAACCCCUCCACAGAUGUCAAAACUGACAGCACAACAUCACCAUGCACCAGAAGGACUGAAUCCUCUGUCAGUACCAGGUCUGAACACUGGCUCAGUGUAUCGUUUGACUCUCUGGAGACUGUCACAGGGGCUUUGGCAUCAAGCACUUUAAAACUGGACCAGGACCUGCCGUUAUCUGGUAGGAAACGCCGUCUCCUUUUCUCACAGGUGAGGACGUCCACUCUUGAAGAUGGCAAACUCCACUCUGGUCACCCUCCUAACUUUGAGAGAAGAGUUUCAUUCUCUGGUGUAGAUUUCAGCCGGAGCAUUUCUGCCUCUGAUGAAAUUAGUAUUGAGACUCCACACAUCGGAAAAUUCCUGCCUGCCUCAUCUAAGGAAAACUCUCAGUCACCAGUCAGUAGUGGGACAAAUGGCCUAAAUGACACCUUAAGUGGCUUGUGCACACCAUCAUCCACACCUACACCCAAAUACAUCAGGUUUGUGUGUGAAGAUAGUGGUUUCAGUUCCCUGGCCCUCGAUAAAUCCCAAGACUCCUCAGUGGACCAUGAUGGCUCAUUCCAGGAGCUGCUGCUCUCUGCCUCCAGGAGAAACUGUGAAACCCCAAGUCUGGCAGAGGCAAAGCGCCGCUCCCGUUUGCAGCGUCAGUACAGGCUUUCCACACUUAAAGAAGGGGGCUCGCAGUCUGAGGAAGACCCAGCUGACAGAAAGCAUGAACAUCCUCAUCAGUGCCACAGCUAUUCUAAAGAUGAUGUUUUUGCUGAUGGUACCACCCCUCCCAGUGUCCUUCCUGUUAGAUGUGGUAAUAGCAUGACCUCUGAUGGUUUGGCCAAUGCAAAACAAGACUAUGCCACCCCACUAAGAGCCGCCACCAUAGCCAAGCCAGAAAACAUGACACCUUUUGGCACAGCUCAUGCUAAUCCAGAUUUAACUCCUCAUAGGACAACCCCAGUCAAUCUUUCUCUGACUCCAGCUUUGCAGCUGGUUCAUGCUAUGUGCCAGCAGAAAGCCCAGAUGUUUGUUGGCCAAAGUCCAAGCCUGAAGGAGCAGCUGAAGUCCACAGCAGCACUGGCUGAGACCCCACUGACGUUCCGCACCGCUAUGCCAUUGGCGGGACUGAUCGGCAGGAAGAUGGGCCUGGGGAAGGUGGAUAUACUCACAGAGCUGAAGAAGAGGAACCUCAGACACAUCCUGGCUGUCAUACUCAGCCAACUGACCUCUGAGAGUGUAUACAGGUGUGGUCAGGUGUGCAAAAGCUGGAAUGAAAUUAUCCAGCAGGACAAGCAAGCUAACAUUAGGAGAAGGAGCCACCUGAGUGAAGUGAAGGCUACUCUUGAGCUCAGUGGUGCUGUCCAUGUCCCCGAAGCAGAGACCAGACUGACUCUGCUCAAGAGGUCGGCCCUCAAGACAGUUCAGGCCCAGUCCAGGACCUCCAGCUACUGCACCCCGCAGUCAGGAAAUAGCACUUUAAUCGAAUUACAGCACAGCGUCUUGCAUUCAGGCAGCAGCAGCAAACGGGAGAAAUUUCUAGAAGUUGCCAAAACCCUCUUCAAUGAUGAGUCCCUCAAGCCUUGCCCCCGAUGUCAGCAUCCUGCACGGUGUCACUCUGUGAAAGGGGAAGGUGUGUGCAGCAGAGCUGACUGUGCUUUCCAGUUUUGCACCGCCUGCUUGUGUGCUUUUCAUGGCUCUAGAGAGUGUGGCAGCCAGUCUGUAGGCCGUCGCAAAAGUGACAUACUUCUUCCAGGAAGUGCUCAGAGCAGGCGAAAUGUUAGGAGACUAUGAGAGCAAAGUGAACUGUAUUCCUUCUUGCUGUGCUAAAGUCAGUUCAGCAUGUUUUUUCUGCCUGACAGUGAGAACAAGGCUUGGCAAUGAGGAAACUCAUUUGUUGUUAGUACAUGAGAACAACUUCUGUACUCAUCAUUCUGUCUUUGUGCCUGUCUAUGUACUGUAUUUUCUCUCUUUUUUUCAAUGCAAUUCUUUCUACUGUGUUUUUAAUUAUGAAUUUGAAGCGAGGCUUACCGGCACUUCAGUGAUUGAGUUUUGCUGUUGAUGUUCUUCUCGGUACACACUGAUCAAGUGUACAGAAUGUUUUUUGGAAUUCCUCUGAGGUUCCCAGCUUUUACUGAUGUGUUUUCAGAUCCGUUUUAAAAUAAAUUUGUUGGUUUUUAUAUUUUUAUGUCUGUGUCCCUGUCUCAUUUGUGAGGGUCUCCACUGUGAGCAGUUCAAAUCAAUUUUUCAGUGUUUGGCGCCAUCUAGUGGUAUGAUCAUACCAUGUCCAAACUGCAACAACAGUAAUUCCUUCAUGACUUAUUUUUUUUAUUACA